AUGUCAGGAUCUUCUCUUGAAUCAUGGGCGGUCCCUCGACUUGCUAGACUCCUUCCGUUGGAUGAGGAGUCUCUCAAACAGGUUAUAUCAUAUUCAUCCUCGCUCUCCAAAGACGAGUGUGCAGUGCAUUUGAGAAACCUGUUGGACGAUUCUUCAGCAGCACUUGAGUUUAUAUCUGCAUUCAAUUCGCGACGUGGCCAGUCAGGGCAGCAGAGCAGCAGUAGCAGCAACGGCCAAGGAGGCAGGAGUGGACAGAUACCCAUGAAAGUAGCAGGAACGAAAUUUCAGAGGGGUACUUUGAAACCUCCACCUACCACGAGACAACCAGAAGGUUAUGGAGAUACUAGUGGCGGUUAUACUAAGCCGCAGAGUGAGGAGAACUACAUGACUAGUAGUAACUCUGUGGCCAGAGGCGCUUCAGAGAGCGUAUCACCAGGAUCGUCAUCGCGAAACCCAUCACCAGCUCCCUCACAGUCGAAAAAUACGCUGCCUCCAUCUGCUACUGGCCCCAUGAUAUCAGAAUUUCUACCAAACGUUCGGUCAAAGAAAGUUCCGAAGAAUUUCGGGCAACAUAAUGCUGCACCGUCAUCGUCGAGCAAUAACACUACGCAGAAAAAGACUGGCCGUACACCUACUCACACCAACGCCACUCCUACCACCACUACUACAAAUAAUAUAGCUGAUAUCACAUCUGCAAUUGCGGCAUUGGAAAUACUAACCUCAAAUCCUUCGAAAACCCAGACACGCAAGUGUAACUGCAAUACUUCCAUCCAUCCUCUCUUCGCGCCCGCACCAAACUGCACUUCGUGUGGGAAAAUAAUAUGUGCUCUGGAAGGCAUACAGCCAUGCUCAUUCUGCGGUACCCCAAUUCUCUCUAACGAGGAAGUCGAAGACAUGAUCCGGGAACUACGAUCUGAGCGUGGCAAUGAAAAGAUGCGAGCUCAUAAUGACAGCUUCCGCCGGGAUGACCACGUCCCAACUGCCGCUCGAAUAAGUAGCGAAAGCAACCAAAAGUUGACCGCUGCAAAGGCUCAUCGUGACAAGCUUCUCUCUUUCCAGGCACACAAUGCACAAAGAACUCGGAUUAUAGACGAGGCGGCUGAUUUCGACAUACCAACUUCGUCGUCGACACAGUGGAUGACCCCGGCACAGAGAGCACUGGCGCUAAAGAAGCAACAGCGCAUGCUACGGGAGCUGGAAGAGCAGUCCAAACCAGAGUGGGAGAAGAAGAAUGUAGUGAUGAGUCUGGAGGUGAAGAAAGGGAAACUCGUUAGGACGUACGAGAAAGCAGAGCGACCAAGGGUGGAAGAUACCGACACUGAUGCCAACGCAGAAGAGGCGGUCGAGGAUACGACAGAGUCUCCUGAGCUGUCCGUAGGAGAGGGAACCUUCUCCAACAAUCCCUUGCUAAAGGGCGCCGGCCUGGUCAGGCCUACAUGGAAACCAUCCGGCGAAGGCAGCGACAAGCCUCCCGUACGAGGGAGAGAGCAGAAGCAGACCUGGAGACGAGUCCAGGACGAUAACGACGACAACGAACAGUGGAUCCUUGACGGUGGCCUGCAUGGGUACGAUAGGGAAUCAGAGCCUGCACAGAGUCCUGAUCUCGCAUUACGUAGCAUCAACUCGCUCGUUAAUCCUUCUUCUUGUUCUUCUUCUUCUUAUGUCAAAGCGUGGAAAUGCAACCGGUUUGAUCACGUCCUGCAACGUCAUUCUCUUCUCCUACCUUGUCGCUGGGUAAACUGGGGCCUCUUCUCAUCACCCUCUGGCUGCUGCGAUGUCAAUGGCCGCGCACAAGUGAUCAGGGACAAAAAAGACACCUAUUGGCCCUGCAAUCGCAGCAGAACAGGAACAACGAGCCAAUCUCUCUCCCCGUCUGGGGUUUUGCCUCGGGGCGUUUUCCACGGGUCCAGCCCGGGCGUGCCAACCCUGAAUCUUGUACCAUCGAUGACGGCCAGUGACGUCCACAUCGCAGAUAUCCUCCACAUGAACCAGGUUUCCGGGCUUCAUGAGACAUGCCAGCCGCCACCCAAAGAAAACACUGGUAGGGCAGCAAGUCUCCCCACCACAGACAAAAAGCUGUCCAUAUUUAACAACCUGAGCCCGUCGCUUUACUACUUUGUCCUCCCCAUAAUACUCAUAAUUAUACAUCUUCUCCUUACGUCUACCGUCCCUGCUCUUCCCGGAGACGGCCCGAGCAUCCCCCGCGUGUCGUUCCUGAAGUCCUCGCCUUUGCUUUUCUUCCUCCCCUCUCGCCACAACACCGUACAGACACCACCCGGAUACCUGCGCCAGUGGUGCGAAAGCCCGUAUCUCCAAGGCCUGCUCGAUCCGGAACAGAUAUUUUCUAUUUGUCCCUCGAAGAUGGCUUCUGCGGUUCUGGAGGAAGCGAAGCGGAUUUCCGCGGGGUUUGAGUACUCUACGGAGGAACUUAAUAAAGGGGUGGAGGAGUUUCUACGCGAGAUGGAGGUUGGGCUGUCUCGAGAGAAUUCUGGGUUGAGCCAGAUCCCGUCUUAUAUUACUUCUGUGCCCGAUGGGACGGAGAAGGGCGUGUAUCUGGCAGUCGACCUUGGUGGUACCAACCUGAGAGUCUGUUCUGUCCACCUGCAUGGCAACUCCACUCAUGAGAUGAUACAAUCGAAAUCAGCCAUCCCCAGAGAGCUGAUGGUUGCCGAGCAUGGAGUGGAAUUGUUUAAUUUCCUAGCAAAGCAAAUUGAGGCAUUCCUGCAAGAGUAUCAUGCCGAGCAGUUCAGUUCCCACGUCGAGAAAAGACAGACUGGAGAGGUUAAGGAGCCCUAUGCCGAAGAGCAAGUGUUUGACCUUGGGUUUACUUUCAGUUUCCCCGUCAUCCAGCAUGGAAUCAACAAAGGUGAACUAUAUCGAUGGACGAAGGGUUUUGACAUCCCUGAAGUGGUCGGUAAGGACAUCUGCCAGCUGUUACAGACAGCGAUUGACGAGCUCAAGCUGCCCGUUCGAGUUGCAGCCCUCAUCAAUGAUACCGUGGGAACGCUGAUGGCCCGGUCAUAUUGCUCUCCUGGGAACUCCAGGACACUAAUAGGUGCCAUCUUUGGCACGGGAACCAACGGAGCGUAUGUCGAAAAGAUGCCCCGCGUGACGAAAAUGGAACGGUGCAGCAGUAGCGCAUAUAAUAAGUCAGCUUCUGAGAUGGUGAUAAACGCUGAGUGGGGUAGCUUUGACAAUUCUCUCAAGGUGCUCCCAAACACAGAGUUUGAUAUCCAACUGGACAAUGAGACCUUCAAUCCUGGGAUCCAGAUGUUUGAAAAGCGGAUCUCGGGCAUGUUCCUCGGUGAAAUUCUUCGUCUUGCUAUUUUGUCGAUGGUGGAGAACCCUUCUGUCAGUCUGUUUGGCAGCCCAGCCACGAUUGACACUAACUCGGUUCUGUAUCAGGCCUGGGCAAUCGAUGCUAGUAUUCUGAGCAUCAUUGAGGGGGACGACUCGGAGGGCCUUCAGGCCACAAAGGAGCAGUUACGCAAGGACCUUGGUAUCAUGGAUGUUAGCACCAGUGACUGCCAGGCCGUCAAGCUCCUGGCACACUCUAUUGGCAAGCGUGCAGCACGACUGGGGGCUAUCGCCCUGGGCGCCAUCGUUAUCUCCAGCGGCCGGCUGGCAACCGAUGAGGUAGUUGAUAUCGGCGUUGACGGCAGCCUGAUUGAGCACUACCCCGGCUUUGAGGGCUAUAUUCGGGAAGCCUUUCGCGAGAUACCAGCCAUCGGACCGGCUGGAGAGAAGAAGAUUCGGAUCGGAAUCGCGAAGGACGGUAGCGGUGUAGGAGCAGCACUUGGAGCCCUGGUGGCCAAGAGGACGUCUCAAACGCUGCAAGGUUAGGCUGGUGUUUUACUUGUCUAUGAUCAGCGUGGCAGGUGUGGGUGUUCUCUAUAUUCGUGUACCAGGCAUGGAGUCACCGCCUGUGCUAUCAUUUCUCUACCAUCUCUAGCCAUGCCGCCUAUCCGAGCAUGUCCACUCUCAAUGACGUAUAUAGUGCAAAAUAUCACCAUCAAGCUCACUAUCAAGCUCGCUAGGUAUCAAGCUCACCAUCACCAUCUGUAGUAAGGUACAUCGUACGAUGCGACUCGCUGCUGGCGGCCGGUUACGGGAAACGGCAUCUUAUGUCAUCAAUGCCGGGUG